GUGGCCACACCUGAUGACGUCAUAGGCGUGACAGUUAAUUGGCAACACCUGCACUUGUUGAUCAGCAGCGCCACGUGCGCACCGUUGCAGCUUCACUGUGGCGAUUUUGCUUGGAGUUUUCGGGCCGGUUCCCCUUGUUUGUUUUGGACGUAUAAAUAGCAAAUGUUGACGUCAGUUGCUCUUCGUUGUUUUCGAGCUGUGCUGUUCCUGCUUCUGGUCAGUAGCAGCCGCCCGCCGCCGGCUCGAUCGUCCGUGAGCCGCACGGACUCCUGGAGCGACUUGAGCCCAUACGCCUAUGGCACCAUCUUCUCCCCGUUGCUCAAAGCUCUGUCUGAGCACGGAGGCUCCAGGUGGAACCCGGCCUCCGUGAAAAAAAUCAAACCUGAGCAGAAGUACAUCAAGUAUUUGACGGACACUGCGUUCAAGAGAAUGUCCACAGCGCAGGAUGGGUUCGAAGCAAGCGCACGCUACAACGUUGUCAGACUGAUCAAACCGCAAGAGCAAUGUUUUGCCAAAAGCGCUAAAGAGAGUUUCACACUCGAUCUGUCCUACAGUCUUGAUCAAGUCCGACAAAAAGAGCAGCUCACCAAGGCAACGCUGCUAUAUAGUUCAGCCCACAUAAAGUCUGUGUGCUUCUUGAGCAUCAAGGAGCAUGAGCACUCAAACAAAUGUCCCCUGUGUCCCGGCGUCCGCCAAGCUGUAAACGUCACUUCCGCCGCCGAUGGCCUUGGAAGAGGGAACUGGGUGGAAGUUGACGUCACUCCACUGCUUCUGCCGCCUUCAAAAUUCCCCAAACUCAAUGUCCACCUGCACAUCAGUGUCAUCUGCCCCGACGAGAAACAAGCCGAAAACACUGGACUCAAAGGCCAUUUGGAAAUCAGUGUUGGGUCCCCCCCGCUGCUGCUUUACCUUCAUGACGAUAGCAAAGUGUCACACCAGAUGUUGCCAUCCACCUCUGCAAACGCGCGUAACAAACAGAGGAUUUUCAAAGCCCAUCGAGUGCUUCGAGCCAAGAGGCGGAGAAGGAGGGCAUCCGCAAAAACCAAACGAGGUGAUAAAAGCCUGGACAGCCACUUGCCAGAGCUUCUUUCGAGCUCGGAAUUCCCAACAAGUUACUGUGCCUUGUAUGAUUUCAGAGUGCGGUUCAGCCAGCUCAAACUUGAUCACUGGAUCGUUUUCCCCCCCAAAUAUAACCCGAGGUACUGUAGAGGCAUCUGCCCGCGGACAGUUGGCUUCAUCUAUGGCUCACCCGUCCACACUAUGGUACAAAACAUCAUAUAUGAGAAGCUCGACUCCUCUGUGCCGAGGCCAUCGUGCAUUCCUUUCCAUUACAGCCCCCUGAGCGUCAUGAUCUUGGAAGAGGACGGUUCGUACGUUUACAAGGAGUUUGAAGACAUGGUGGCCACUAGGUGCACCUGCCGCUAAAACCAACAAAUAAACCCCGCAUUCUCAUCGGUUUCAAAAUGAUAACAUUACCGCAACCUUUUGCCGCAAUAUUCAAAGAUGUUCUGACCAGGCUCUGUGAUUUCAUCAGUGGUUAAAAUCAUUGUGCAUAGAAGAUGUUUGUUCUAGAGCAGGUGUGUUUACUUCAACAAUGUAUUUUAACAUUGGGAAAGUAAGUUAAGCAAUGUUUUUUUUUGUUGAUGCCUUAUUAGAAAGGAUGACAAUUCAUCCAGUGUUUCCUCUUUGCAAUAGGGUACUGAUAUGAAACACUUGAUGGGGAAAAAAUGUUUAGUAAAGAAUAUAAUUUUUUUUUUUUUUUUUAACCUUAGUUUUUGUUAACUUAUUUUGUGUGGGUGGGCUGUCAUUUUUGUUUAAUUUAACACAGUAAGAAUUAAUUUGCCCUGUUCUGGACCAAAAAUAACAAAAAAAAGGAAAAAUCUGUCACAAAAUCUUAAACCUUUUACAUAUUGUUUUAUUCCUGAGCAUUACAGACAGUCAUCUUAAAUGGUGGCUGUCUUCACAAUGUCCAGAAUGAAAGCUUUCAAGGUGUCCGUGUGUAUUUGUCUUCUGGUCACUAAGUGACUGCAUACCUAUGAGUUUGUACUGGUUAAAUGUGACUACAUGCAUGGCAUGUGUGUAUAUGCAAAUUAUGUGAAUUCACUGUGUGUCUGUGUUCAGCUUCUGGAUAUUCAAACUGAUGAAAAUGUUGACAUUCUCUGAAGAAUUGGGAAAUAAA